CUGCCAUGGAUCACGCGCUCUUCGGCUGCCUGCGCAGCCCGCACCAUGCCCCCGGGCAGGGCUUGCACCCCUUCUCGCCCUCGGCGCUGGCCCUGCACGGCCGCUCCGAGCACAUGUCCUACCCCGAGCUCUCGGCGUCGUCGUCCUCCUCCUCCUGCAUCAUAGCGGGCUACCCCGGCGAGGAGGGCAUGUUCGGCGGACAGCAUCACCGCGGGCACCACCACCACCACCACCACCAUCACCACCACCAGCAGCCGCAGCAGCAGCCCCACCAGCCCCUGCAGACGAACUGGCACCUCCCGCAGAUGGCUUCCCCGCCGCCGCCGCCGCCGCCCUCGGCCAGGCACAGCCUGUGCCUCCAGCCCGACUCGGGGGGGCCCCCGGAGCUGGGCGCCAGCCCCCCCGGACUCUGCUCCAACGCGCCCAGCCUGGGCAGCGGCACCCCGACCGGGGCGGCGUGCACGCCGGGAGAUUACGGCCGGCAGGCGCUGUCGCCGGCGGAAACCGAGAAGCGCGCCGGCAAGAGGAAGAGCGACAGCUCAGAUUCUCAAGAGGGAAAUUAUAAAUCAGAAGUCAACAGUAAACCAAGGAAGGAAAGAACAGCUUUCACCAAAGAGCAGAUCAGAGAGUUAGAAGCCGAAUUUGCCCACCACAACUACCUCACCAGGCUGCGGAGAUACGAGAUAGCAGUAAACUUGGAUCUUACUGAAAGACAGGUAAAAGUUUGGUUCCAGAACCGACGAAUGAAAUGGAAGCGGGUAAAAGGGGGGCAGCAAGGGGCCGCAGCACGGGAAAAGGAACUGGUGAACGUGAAAAAGGGCACGCUGCUCCCCUCAGAGCUUUCUGGCAUUGGUGCAGCCAGCCUCCAGCACACAGGGGACUCUCUAGCGAAUGAUGACAGCCACGACAGUGAUCACAGCUCUGAGCAUGCACACUUAUGAUAAAGCAUGACAGAGUCACAGCUCCAUUCUCAGGAAAGAUAUGCUAACACGGCAAGCCUUACACGGACAUUACUGAUGUAUGCAAGAGACUCCAGCAAUAAUACAAAAUCGGAUGUAUGGUUUUUGCUUCUCUUGGAACCUUUGUAGAUGAAUUCAUUAAGUGCC